GCAUCUUAUUAGGUUAUUUACUCAAUCGAUCCCUUCCUUUUUUCCCUCUCAGCUUCCACGUGAACGUGUUUUCCUCUUCUGCUAUGAUCUUCAAGUGCUUCUUUCACCUUUUUCUCAGUGACAACAAUCGGAAGUCCUGAGUGCAAGAUUCGGAAGAUUAGAACAACCAAAUAUCGGUAACCCUGUAACGAAUUCCAGCAAUGGGUUUUACGAUUUUAGCUCUAGGAUUUCAAAUCGUGUAGAGGGCUUUGAAGUUGCAGGCUACCAGGACCUUUAAUUUGCUGUUCAGUUUUUUUGGGUGGUAUCGUCCGCUCAGAUUUCCCCCAAUUCAGUAUCAAAACGAACCCUAAUUCAAUCAAAUGGUUUCCGAUAAGAUUGAGCCCGUCGUCAAUAAACUAAAAAGUGCCGCACAGAACUUCACCAAUGGCAUCCUUGAGAACGUCGGACUCUCCAAGCGUCGUCAUCCGAUUGAAAUUUUAAAGCGGUUGCAGCGGGAAGCGUUUUCGGAUAUUAUGAAACUCAGGGACAGGCAGGAUAAAGUGGAGCGGUUACUGUCGUUUAAGUCGUCCAAGUUGAGCCCGUUUAAUGAGGCUAGUACUCGUGUGAGAGGAGAGAUAGAGGCCUUGGGGAUGUUGUUGAUGGUUGAUGGGAUUCAUGAAGGUAAUCAUGAAGCGAUUAGUCUAAUGGGGGUUAAUACUGGUGUGAAUUCUCGGUUUAGUUUUGAGACUACAGUUCGGGAAAAGGAUUUGGUUACUGCGGAGUUUGUGGCGAAAGGGCAAGUUGACGGGCCGCUUUCAUUAGCGAAGGUGGUUUACUCGGCAAAUGUUAAUGAUUGGUGUGAUUUGAUUGCUGUUCCGUUAGGUGCUAAAUGUAGUGAUGUUGGUCUUACUAGUCGUUUAUGUACUGGACCUCCGUUGUUAAAGCAGCAUAUUGGUAGUGGUAUCGGGUUGACCGUGAAAAAGUCAAACUGUAUCGCUUCGUUAGCUCAGUUUGUGACUCAGCUGGAGUCUGCAGUGCCCUCGCAUUUAUUAAGCACUUUCGCGCAAGUUACGUAUCAACUUUCAUGGGGUACGAAGGUCUCGUUAUUGGGUCUAAACAAAACACCAAAGUUUUCAAGUCAAAAUGCUGAUCUUGGUCCGGUUGCUCUACCAGUUGGUUUGUUCAGACGUCAUAAAGAACUGAUGGAGGCGAGUGAUGGAACAGUUGGGUCUACAGCUCUAGUUCUUGAGUCGGAUCUUGAUUCGAGCACCAAAGUAGGAGGGUGGGUUGAGAUGAAUAAUUUGGAUUCUAGAUAUUUACAAUGGGGCGUGUCGGUAUCUGAUCUACCUGAAGAUGAUUUUGGAUGGGGGUUGAAGAUUGGCGGUGGUUCAAAUGUUUGGGAUCAUUAUCAAGUUGAAGCAUUUUCGAAAGUAAAGUUCGGGGAAAAGUUUGUGUUACAACCAUCACUUAUGUAUGUGAAAGAUGGUUGUACACAAUUUCCUGCAUUAGUUAUGAAGUCUAGUUGGUCGUUUUGAUUGCAUCGCAGCUUCUUUAUGUCCGAUCUUAUAUUGAAACAUUUUUCUCUAAAAACCGAGACUAGAACCACAAUGGAUUUGGAUGCAUGAUGUACGCGUUAAUAUUCGUCUA